CGCUUUUCCAUACGCUCGAACUCGUAACGAGAUGACACGAUACACCAAUUUUGGCCGCAAACGUACCUAUGUCGAAGCUGGCUUCGAUAACGGGAGCAUUCACAAUGACCCGGCCUCGACCGCAGCUGAUAUCGAGACGCCCGAAGUGAGCAGCGGCACCACGGAAUCCGCCACACUCAAGCCAAAGAGAAAGCGGGCCAAGAAAGCUGCAUCUGCAAACGAUGCGCAUGAUGGUUCCCGAGAAACAGCGGAGGGUCAUCCAGACCGUGGGGAUCCGAUCCAAACAACGGGCGAAGCCAGUAAUGUCGAGGCGCCCAAGAAAAAGUCGGCCCACGCCGCGAAGAAGCUGCAGAGGCUGAAGGCCAAGAAGAAGGCGCAGAAAGACGCGAAUGCCCGCAAAGAAUCGUCGGAGAGUAGACGACUGAAGCGGAUCGCGGAAAAGAAUGCAGCAUUGACUUGCUUUGCGUGCCGAGAAAGAGGCCACGCUGCAGCGGAUUGUCCCAAGGCAGGAGAGUCAUCUACUUCACAAGGAGCUACGACGGGAAUAUGCUAUCGAUGCGGGUCCUCUCGACAUACGCUCUCAAGAUGCAGGAAAACAGCCGACCCAGAGAAUCCGCUCCCAUUCGCCUCAUGUUUCGUUUGCUCCGGAAAGGGCCAUCUCGCCUCCACCUGCCCAUCGAACGCCGAGAAGGGCAUAUAUCCCAACGGAGGGUGUUGCAAGUUGUGCAGCCAGAAGACUCAUCUCGCCAGGGACUGUCCCUUGAGGAAAGCCAUAGCAGAUGGCGAUCAAACGAAGAGAGCGCUCAUGGUUGGCACUGGUAAAGGUGCGGGAGCGGACGAAGAUGACUUCCUCGCGUUACGAGCGGUCGAUAUCGAAGUCGAUCGAGAGGAGAAAGCACGGCUGAAGGCGGUCAAGCGGAAGCUGACUACCCAAACGACAGCUCAUCCCCAAGACACUGUAGUGCCGGAUGCGACUCUUUUUGUCGGUGGGAAAGACCCUUCCAAGUUAUCGAUUACUUCGGUGCGGUCCCACCACUCUGGCUUAAGUGGUGCCAGGUUGGAGAAGGUGACGACGAAACCCAAGAAGGUGGUCUACUUUUGACGUUUGUCUUGGCGAGAGGAGUUCAGAUCAUUUGCUUGGGACCGAGCGAAAUGCUCGGAUAGGCCGCGUCUGAGGAAUGGAUGCAUGGGGCCGUUGUAGCGCAAAACGGUGACUAUCUCGGACUAUCCUUGUACUACGUACGGACAUGAGCC